GUGCAAUCAGGUCAAUAUUGACCGUCUACUCUUUGGGGAUAAAUAAAAAACUUUACCAACCUCUCUUCAGCUCACACCACUCCUUCUCAUUCUUGAAACUGAGAUCGGAGUUGAAGGCUGAGGGAAAAUGGCCCAUUACCAUGGAGACUACGGCAAGAACGAUGAAGUGGAAUUUGUCCGAACUGGCUAUGGGAAGGAUAUGGUCAAAGUGCUCCAUAUUCAGAGGGAUGGAAAGUACCACAGCAUCAAAGAGGUGGCAGCUUCGGUGCAGCUGACUCUGAGAUCCAAAAAGGAUUACCUCCAUGGUGAUAACUCUGACAUCAUCCCUACAGACACCAUCAAGAACACAGUGCAUGUCCUGGCAAAGCUCAAAGGGAUAAAAAGCAUAGAGACGUUUGCUAUGCACAUCUGUGAGCACUUCCUUUCUUCUUUUAACCAUGUCACCCGAGCCCACGUCUACGUGGAAGAGGCCCCCUGGAAGCGUUUUGAAAAGAAUGGACUCAAGCAUGUCCAUGCUUUCAUUCACACCCCCACCGGGACACACUUCUGUGAGGUGGAGCAGAUGAGAAGUGGACCUCCAGUCAUUCACUCUGGAAUCAAAGACCUCAAGGUCUUGAAAACAACCCAGUCUGGAUUUGAAGGAUUCAUCAAGGACCAGUUUACCACUCUCCCCGAGGUGAAGGACCGAUGCUUUGCGACUCAAGUGUAUUGCAAGUGGCGUUACCAGAGAAGGGACGUGGACUUUGAGGCUACAUGGGGCACCAUCCGGGACAUUGUCCUGAAGAAAUUUGCUGGGCCCUAUGACAAAGGCGAAUACUCCCCUUCAGUGCAGAAGACACUCUACGAUAUACAAGUGAUGUCCCUGAACCAGGUUCCUGAGAUGGAAGACAUGGAAAUCAGCCUGCCAAACAUUCACUACUUUAACAUCGACAUGUCCAAAAUGGGGCUGAUCAACAAGGAAGAGGUUUUGCUGCCUCUCGACAAUCCCUACGGCAAAAUCACUGGGACAGUCAAGAGGAAGCUAGCGUCAAGGCUGUGACGUGACGGCUCCAGUCAGUUGUGAUGCUGGGGACCACUGUGUGUUCACCUGCAAAAGAUUUCAACUUAGGAUAUUGAUUGCUUUCUUCUGUGUGAAACAAUUGCUCUCUUUGUUCCUAGUUAAACAGGGCAUUUUGCGGAUCCCCACAUUAUCAGGUACAACAUACCUCGUGGCUGUGGGCAGUUUCCUUAAAAAUCACUGGGUAGUGUUAGAAGAACCAUAGUGAUAUUUAUCCUUGUUGCUCUUGUAUUUUUCUGCCUUAGAAUCAGUCUUUAGAAUCAGAUCGUUAAGAAAAUAAUCAUGAAGUAGGGGUGGCGCCACAUCGAUUAAUCUGAACACAAGUUUAAGAAGCAAUGAUUGUUGUCAUCCUAUUGAUAUGUCUGGGGAGUGCAGAAAAUAUAAUAAAAUCGUGUGAAAAAACA